AUGACUCUAGGAUUGAAUACUCCCACGUCCUCCCCCCAUGCCAUCCGACCCAUUGACAUCAUCAAUGCGCUAUCAAACCACUCGUCUGGGAAGCACAAUUCACUGUUCUCAUCCCGCGAACAUCAGGAUGCACAGGAGCUGUUUCAGCUUCUAUCUGAAUGUAUUAAGAAUGAGGCAACCGCCGUGGACAAGGAGGGAUAUCGGGACCGAGGCUUGGGAGCCCUUGCGCAAGGGCAAGGUCGCGCAGGCCGCGAGAUUGGCAAGAGCGUCUUCGAUGGCUUGACCGCAAAUCGGCGGAGCUGCGUUGAGUGCGGUUACACGGAGGCUGUGAUGCACUUCGCUUUCGACAAUUGGCAAUUAGCCGUACCUCGACUUGCGAGCUCAUGUCGGCUGGAGGACUGCUUAGAGGAUUAUACACGACUAGAGCUCUUAACCGACUGCAUCUGUCGCAAAUGCUCCAUGCUUGCGACAUAUCAGCGACUUGUACAGGAGGCGGAGAGGCUCGCAGAGGCAUUACGCACCGAGUCCUCCCCUUCUUCAUCCAAGAAGAAGCGUGCACAUGAUGCACGGAAGCUCGCGGCUCGCGUGAAGGCUGCGAUAGAUGAUAGUCGGAUGGAGGAGGACAUCAAGGGUGUCAAGUUAGAGAAAGUCUUCAGCAAAGCGUCGACAAAACAAGCUAUGAUUGCAAGACCACCACGAGUCCUCGCCCUUCACCUCAACCGAUCCAUGCAUUAUGGACAUUACGCAGCAAAAAACAACUGCCGCGUACAGUUCCCGGAGAUCCUGGAUCUCACACCAUAUACUACCUCUGGGCAGCUCUCUACCGUGCCAUCUGUACCCAUAUCCACCCCGCCUCCACCAAUACCUCGCAGCACAACACCUACACCUGCAGCAUACGCGACACCGCGCACACUCUACCGUCUUGCUGCCGUUGUGUGCCACUAUGGCCAACACUCCUUCGGCCACUACGUCUGUUUCCGGCGGAAUCCACGGCCACUGUCUGCCGGCACCCGCCGUUUCGCCCCGCCCAAACUUGCAUGCCCAUUGGGCUGUGAAUGCGAACACUGCGUGCGAUACGGUCCUAUUCGCGAUGAGGAGGGCCCUCCACCGAUACCCGGUCGUGGAUGGCUGCGAAUUAGUGACGACAGCGUGCGUGAGGUCGGCAUCGAGAGCGUCCUGCAGGAGGGCUCGGGGGCAUUCAUGCUGUUUUACGAGCGCGUCGUGAUGCCUCGGCCAAGCAUAUACCUUUCGCAUUCACCGCGCAGCUCGGAGGAGACGCUCCGUCCAGACGCCGCGCACACGAACGGCUCGUGCGUGUCCCUGCCGAGUCGCAACGGCGAUGCGGAGGAAGUCAAGGUCGUAAAACCCACACCGAAGUUUGUCGGCCCGCGAAUCUUCCAGAGCGUGUCGGCGCACUCGUCGAGAGGCAUGUCCAUGUCCCCGCCGGAUAGAGAGGCGGUUCCACCUUUACCACAGCCAACCAAGCCAGCAAAGCCUCGCGAACUUUCAGCGCAGAACGGUCAUGCUGAUGGCAAGGCUGCAGAACCGAAGAGUCUAAAACAAACUCCUCGGUCGCCGAAGCCGAAUGGUAUUGCUGCUGCUGCUCCGGUACGCACCGCAUCGUCCUCGAAAGCGAAGGCGUCAGCACCGAUGUCUCCCUCUCAUCCCCUCAGAGAACCACAACCACAACCCACAGCAGCGUCACAGCAGCUGGCUCCUCCCACCUCAACGGCAAGGCCAGUUGACCUCCGCGCAUAG